GCGCUCCCAGGAACAGCCCCGCGGGCCCGGCUACUUCCUGUCCCCGCUGCGGGCGCCCGGCCCCGGCUCCGAAGGGGCGCACCGCGACCCGCCGCCCCGAGGCGCCCGAGGGGAGCAGCGCCCCCGCGCCCCGGGCCCCAGCGCAGCGCACGGUGAGCGCCCCCGGGGGCUCUGGGGUCCUCGGCCCCGGGUUCCCUCGCGCUCCCCCCGCCCGGGUGCCCGAUGGGGCCGCCCGGGGGGCACAGGGCCGACGUUUGGAGCUCACGCAGCCCGCCCCUGCCGCCGCCGCCUAGGAGGAGGAGGCCGAGUGCGACAUGCUGCCGCGGGGGCGCCCUGGCACGGAGCUCCCCGCGCCAUUGCCAUCCGGGCCGCGGCCGCCGGCUCCGGGGGGCGCCCUCGACGGCGCGGAGGGGGCGGCGGCGCCGGGGCCCGCGCAGGUGCUCACCGCCGGCCUCCUGACGCUGCUCGUCGUGUGGACGCUGCUGGGCAACGCGCUGGUGUGCGCCGCCGUCGUGCGCAGCCGCCACCUGCGCGCCAGGAUGACGCACGUGUUCAUCGUGUCCCUGGCCGUGUCCGACCUGCUCGUGGCCCUGCUGGUGAUGCCCUGGAAGGCCGUGGCCGAGGUGGCCGGCCGCUGGCCCUUCGGGGCCUUCUGCGACGUGUGGGUGGCCUUCGACAUCAUGUGCUCCACCGCCUCCAUCCUCAACCUGUGCGUCAUCAGCGUGGACCGCUACUGGGCCAUCGCCAGCCCCUUCCGCUACCAGCGCAGGAUGACGCGGCGCGUGGCCCUGGUCAUGGUGGGCCUGGCCUGGACCCUGUCCGUCCUCAUCUCCUUCAUCCCGGUCCAGCUGCACUGGCACCGGGACCAGGCGGGCUCGCGGGGUGCCCCGGACCCGGCCAACGGGACGUCCUGGGGGGACGCGGGGGACCCGGAGGCGCGGGAGGAGAACUGUGACUCCAGCCUGAACCGCACCUACGCCAUCGCCUCCUCGCUCAUCAGCUUCUACAUCCCCGUGGCCAUCAUGGUCGUGACCUACGCGCGCAUCUACCGCAUCGCGCACGCGCAGAUCCGCCGGAUCGCCUGCCUGGAGCGGGCGGGGCAGCGCGCGCAGCGGGGCGGGGGCGCAGCGGACGGGGCGCCCGUGCCCGGCCUGCGGGCGUCCAUCCAGAAGGAGACCAAGGUGCUGAAGACGCUGUCGGUGAUCAUGGGGGUGUUCGUGUGCUGCUGGCUGCCCUUCUUCCUGCUCAACUGCAUGGCUCCCUUCUGCAGCCGGCGCGCCGACGGCACAGCCUCAGGCUUCCCCUGCGUCAGUGACACCACCUUCGACAUCUUCGUCUGGUUCGGCUGGGCCAACUCCGCCCUCAACCCCAUCAUCUACGCCUUCAACGCGGACUUCCGCAGGGUGUUCGCCCAGCUGCUGGGGUGCGGCCGCCUCUGCGCCCCUCGCCCCCGGGUGGCCACGGUGACCGGCAGCAAUGAGCUCCUCUCCUGCGACCAGGACACGGUCUUCUCCGGGGAGGCCGCGGCCGCCGCCUACAGCCACGUGGUCCCGGGCGAGGGGACUCCCGGCCACAGAGAGGGGGAGGCGGAGGAGGGCCCUCUGAACCUCAUGUGCCAGCUCUCUCAGGCUCAGGCGUCCCCAGAGGAUGACCCUGCCGCCCAGUCUGUCUGGGAGCUGGACUGUGAGGGGGACACUUCUUUAGGCAAAACGAAGCCUUUCACCUCAAGUGGGUUCCAUUAAACUGCAUACAAAUGCCCUUCGUGGAUCUACAGAGCUGCCCAGACACUACAGAGUACGGAGAACACACAUACAACAUUUACACACACACACACACACACACACACACACACGUCCAGUGUUGCAGGAUCAUCAUCGCUCCGCGCUCUGUGUGGUAGCGUUUGUGCUUAGAAACCUUACCUGAUUGGUUUGUUGUUGAAAGAAUUGGCAGAAGCAAUUGGGACAAAUUCAGUCUUAUAUACCCCAGUCUGGCAGGUGUGGACCAACGGUCCUUUUAGAGGUGGUGUUUGGUCCUUACAAAAAAAAAAAAAAGGUAUUUGGUCUUAAAAAUAUACACUCCUUCCUGCCCCUUUAAACGGAUGGAUGGCUCAGUGCCUUGGGCUGGGCUGCUUUUUAAACAGGUUCAGUGUGUGUGCAGUGCUGAUGGGGUGGGCGGCCCUCCUGUAUCUUGCUUCCUGGGGCCCGUGCUUAAGCAGCACUGCUCUCCGUGCCCUCUGAUGGCUGAGGAAUUCUUCCCGACGUGCCCUGGAGUCUAAUAAACACAGAUUACGUGUGUGA